UGCUUUUUUGGAGAAAAGUCCAAAAGUGUGAGAAGCCUAGGUUUCCUCUGGCUGGCAGACUGCAUACCCCUUGUGUGAGAAAACUUCCUACAAGGACGGUGCCAGUGUGAAAGAGCAAACAUUUGAGUAACCAGGAAAAUGAUGAAACGGAGGCGCGAGAGAUUGGGAGCACCAUGCCUUCGGAUUCAAAUCUCUACUCUUUGCCGAGGAUCUGAAGUAAACCAGCAUAUGUUUUCGCCCACUUCGGCUCCAGCCCUAUCCCUCACUAAAGUCCCAUUUAGUGCUGAUUGUGCCUUGGCCACUUCUCCUCUUGCCUUUUUCCUGAACCCACAAGCUCACAGCAGUCCUGGCAGCCCCUGUUCCAGCCGCCCACUGCAGUGGAGUUGUCGGACAGGUAACCGUAAGAGCUUGAUUGUGACCUCUAGCACAUCGCCUACACUUCCACGGCCACACUCACCACUCCAUGGCCACACAGGUAGUCCUUUGGACAGUCCCCGGAAUUUCUCGCCAAAUGCUCCUGCUCAUUUUUCCUUUGUUCCUGCCCGCAGCCAUGGACACAGAGCAGACAGGACUGAUGGACGGCGCUGGUCUUUGGCCUCUCUGCCUUCUUCAGGCUAUGGAACCAACACUCCUAGCUCCACUGUCUCCUCUUCCUGCUCCUCACAGGAAAAGCUGCACCAGUUGCCCUUCCAGCCCACAGCCGAUGAACUGCACUUUCUGACAAAACAUUUCAGCACAGAGAGUGUACCAGAUGAGGAGGGCCGGCAGUCCCCAGCCAUGAGGCCCCGCUCCCGCAGCCUCAGUCCCGGACGGUCUCCAGUUUCCUUCGACAGUGAAAUAAUAAUGAUGAAUCAUGUUUACAAAGAAAGAUUCCCCAAGGCUACAGCACAGAUGGAAGAGCGGCUGGCAGAAUUUAUUUCCUCCAACACGCCAGACAGUGUAUUGCCCUUGGCAGAUGGAGCCCUGAGCUUUAUUCACCAUCAGGUGAUUGAGAUGGCUCGAGACUGUCUGAACAAAUCUCGGAGUGGCCUCAUCACAUCACACUACUUCUACGAACUCCAAGAGAAUCUGGAGAAACUUCUGCAAGAUGCCCACGAACGCUCAGAGAGCUCGGAGGUGGCCUUUGUGAUGCAGCUGGUGAAAAAGCUGAUGAUGGUUAUUGCCCGCCCAGCUCGUCUCCUGGAAUGCCUGGAGUUUGACCCUGAAGAGUUCUACCACCUGUUAGAAGCAGCUGAAGGCCAAGCCAAAGAGGGACAGGGGAUUAAAUGUGACAUCCCCCGCUACAUCGUUAGCCAACUGGGCCUCACACGGGGUCCCCUGGAGGAUAUGGUCCAGCUGAGCAGCUACGACAGUCCCGAUACUCCGGAGACAGAUGAUUCAGUUGAGGGCCGGGGGGCACCUGUGCUAUCCAAAAAGACUCCAUCUGAAGAGGACUUUGAAACCAUCAAGCUCAUCAGCAAUGGUGCCUAUGGGGCUGUGUUUCUGGUGCGCCACAAGCCGACCCGGCAGCGCUUCGCCAUGAAGAAGAUCAACAAGCAGAACCUGAUCCUGCGGAACCAGAUCCAGCAGGCCUUCGUGGAGCGGGACAUCCUGACUUUCGCCGAGAACCCUUUUGUGGUCAGCAUGUUCUGCUCCUUUGAGACCAAGCGCCACCUGUGCAUGGUGAUGGAGUAUGUUGAAGGGGGAGACUGUGCCACUCUGCUGAAGCACCUCGGCGCCCUCCCCGUGGACAUGGUGCGUCUGUACUUCGCAGAAACAGUGCUGGCCCUGGAGUACUUGCACAACUACGGCAUCGUGCACCGAGACCUCAAGCCCGACAACCUCCUGAUUACAUCCCUGGGGCACAUCAAGCUCACUGACUUUGGACUCUCUAAAAUUGGCCUCAUGAGUCUGACGACCAAUUUGUAUGAAGGUCACAUUGAAAAGGAUGCCCGGGAGUUCCUGGACAAGCAGGUGUGCGGGACCCCGGAAUACAUUGCGCCUGAGGUGAUCCUGCGCCAGGGCUACGGGAAGCCGGUGGACUGGUGGGCCAUGGGCAUCAUCCUGUAUGAGUUCCUGGUGGGCUGCGUUCCUUUCUUUGGAGACACACCGGAGGAGCUCUUUGGGCAAGUGAUCAGUGAUGAGAUUGUGUGGCCUGAAGGGGAUGAUGCCCUGCCCACAGAUGCCCAAGACCUGACCUCCAGACUCCUUCGCCAGAGCCCUCUGGAGAGGCUGGGCACAGGCAGUGCCUAUGAGGUGAAGCAGCACCCCUUCUUCACGGGUCUGGAUUGGACAGGACUCCUUCGCCAGAAAGCCGAAUUUAUUCCUCAGCUGGAGUCCGAGGAUGAUACCAGCUACUUUGACACGCGCUCGGAGCGGUACCAGCACGUGGAUUCAGAGGAUGAGGAGGAUGUGAGUGAGGACAGCUGUCUGGAGAUCCGCCAGUUCUCUUCCUGCUCGCCCAGGUUCAGCAAGGUGUAUAGCAGCAUGGAGCGGCUCUCUCUGCUCGAGGGACGCCGGACGCCACCCCCGACCAAGCGCAGCCUGAGUGAGGAGAAGGAGGACCGCUCCGACAGCCUGGGGGGGCUGAAGGGUCGAGAUCGGGGCUGGGUGAUUGGCUCCCCUGAGAUACUGCGGAAACGGCUGUCAAUGUCUGAGUCUUCCCACACGGAGAGUGACUCGAGCCCCCCGCUGACGGUGCGGCGCCGCUGCUCCGGCCUUCUGGAUGUGCCCCGCUUCCCAGAGGGCCCUGAGGAGCCGAGCAGCACCCCCAGGAAGCAGCAGCAGGAGGGCACGUGGCUCAUGACACCCCCAUCUGGAGAGGGGUUAUCUGGGCCUGCCCCUGAACAGCCAGUAGAGCAGCGGCUGGUGCUGGAGGAGGAGCCUCUGCCCCCGAGCCGAGGGUGCAGUCCAGCCGCGGAGACCCGAGGAGGCCGAGGGACCCUGCAGCUGGCUGAGGGAGCACCAGCCAAGGCCAUCAGUGACCUGGCUGUGCGCAGGGCCCGCCACCGGCUGCUCUCCGGGGACUCUAUAGAGAAGCGCGCUGCCCGCCCCAUCACCAAAGUGAUCAAGUCGGCCUCAGCUACCGCCCUUUCCCUUCUCAUUCCUGCAGACCAUCACACCUGCUCUCCGCUGGCCAGUCCCAUGUCCCCACAUUCCCAGUCGUCCAACCCGUCGUCCAGGGACUCUUCUCCAAGCAGGGACUUCCUGCCAGCCCUGGGCAGCAUGAGGCCGCCCAUCAUCAUCCACCGCGCUGGGAAGAAAUACGGCUUCACCCUGCGGGCCAUCCGCGUCUACAUGGGUGACUCCGAUGUCUACACUGUGCACCAUAUGGUGUGGCAUGUCGAAGACGGAGGACCAGCCAGUGAAGUGGGACUUCGUCAGGGUGACCUCAUCACCCACGUCAAUGGGGAGUCCGUGCAAGGGCUGGUGCACACGGAGGUGGUGGAGCUGAUCCUGAAGAGUGGAAACAAGGUGUCUAUUUCAACGACUCCUCUGGAGAACACGUCCAUUAAGGUGGGACCAGCCCGGAAAGGCAGCUACAAGGCCAAGAUGGCCCGCAGGAGCAAGCGGAGCCGGGGAAAGGAUGGGCCAGAGAGCAAGAAAAGGAGUUCCCUGUUUCGGAAGAUCACCAAGCAAGCCUCCCUGCUCCACACCAGCCGCAGCCUAUCCUCCCUCAACCGCUCUCUGUCCUCAGGGGAGAGUGGGCCUGGCUCGCCCACGCACAGCCACAGCCUGUCCCCCCGCUCUCCCACGCAGGGCUACCGCGUCACCCCGGAUGCUGUGCACUCGGUGGGAGGAAAUUCAUCACAGAGCAGCUCCCCCAGCUCCAGUGUGCCCAGUUCCCCAGCUGGCUCAGGGCACACACGACCCAGCUCCCUGCACGGUUUGGCACCCAAGCUCCAGCGCCAGUACAGGUCCCCGAGGCGCAAGUCGGCUGGCAGCAUCCCCCUGUCCCCGCUGGCCCACACCCCGUCCCCUCCACCGCCAGCAGCCUCACCUCAGCGCUCUCCAUCGCCCCUGUCUGCCCACGGGGCCCAGGCCUUCCCCACCAAGCUACACUCUUCGCCUCCCCUGGGCAGGCAGCUGUCUCGACCCAAGAGCGCGGAGCCACCCCGUUCACCGCUGCUUAAGCGGGUGCAGUCGGCAGAGAAACUGGCGGCUGCCCUGGCAGCCUCGGAGAAGAAGCUCGCCACCGCCCGUAAGCAUAGCCUGGAGCUGCCCCAGCCUGAGCGGAAGAAGGAGCUGGCACCCAGGGAAGGCAGCCCUCUGGAGGUGGUAGGGGCCCGGAGCGUGCUGUCUGGGAAGGGGGUGCUGCAGCCUGCUCCCUCCUGGGCCCUGGGCACCCUCCGGCAGGAUCGGGCUGAACGAAGAGAAUCACUGCAGAAGCAAGAGGCUAUCCGAGAGGUAGACUCCUCGGAGGAUGACACCGACGAGGGGCCUGAAAACAGCCAGGGCACUGAGGGACCCAACAGGGCAACUCACCUGGAAGUGGGCCGCAGCCCACUUCUCAGAGGAGCGGGGCAGGGCAGAGACGAUGUCUUCCCGCCCAGUGACCCCAAGAGCCAGAGUUCGGUGGCUCCAGACUUACUGAUGGGGCUCACACUGGGGGCUCUCAGAACAGAAGGCCCCAGGACCCCCGAGAGGCAACUUGGAAGCCUGAAAGCCUCGGAGAAGGCUGCCAGCACCUCCUCGCCAGCCCCCAGCCUGACUAGGCCUGGCCCCCCGACCCCUGCCACCACAGAGGGCUGCUGGGAGGCUCAGCAGCUCCAGCCCCAGGCACUGAUGGCACUUUGUCCCUGCUCUUCAGGACCCGCCCCCACCAGUCACUCUGACAUUUCCUCCACCCCCGGGGAGCUAAGCCCAUGGUCUUGGAGAUUCCUUACUGAGGGCCCAGACAAGGCAUCCCCAAGUAGAAGGGCAGCACUGGAAGUUAGGCUAGCCAGUCCGCGGGAUUUAGGAAGCACAGUGCCAGUCCCCCUUGACAACCUGUCUCCCAGUCAGGAGGGGAAGGCACCACAACCUAGUGCCCCAGGACUGGCCCACUCGCCUGGUAAGGUUCCCAGCCCUAGUUGGCGAUGGGAGCCUGGACGUCCACCCCAAGUAGAGAAAGACCUGGAAGAGGCAGCCCUUGGCAUCACCGAAGUGCCUGAUGCCUCAGGUGUCAGCAGGCAGGAUGCUCCGUGUGGAGGCUGCCUACACACCCAGGAGGCUGGGCCCAGCCCGCUCCGAAGGGACCGAGAACCAGGGGGGCCUCAAAAGCAUCAGGGCUUGGCACUGUCUCCUGAUGAGAUUUCAAAGCAAACGUAACAGUUGUCUGCCAUUACUUGCACUGAGACUGGUUGUAAUAUAAGAUCUUGGAAACCUC